CAUCAUCCUGUCUGUGCGGGAGGAAAAGGCAGAUGUUUCAGUGGAAAGCAGCUUGGACUAAGGGGAAGAGAAAGAAGGGAGGGAUUUGUGUGUCACAUGUCUUAUAUAUUUCUUUAUCACGAGACGCUGUCAAUGAUUUUCUGUUUGUCUGGAUGGAGCGGAGGAGCUGCUGCACUCACACUUCAUAGACAAAUAUUGAAAGUAAAAUCGUACAAGUCAGGUGAAUGGUAGCACAGGAAACAUGCAUGUUGGUUUGAUGUUACUUUAGUCAGCGUUCAGAACUGGUUUAAGGGUUCAGUUAAGCACUAGACUUGAUGUUUUAUGGUACGAAAGGUAGCUUGUUAACAGAGGAACCUGAAGACAAGCAGAGAUGAGGGACGUGAUGUGGAUUAAUGUCGUAUUUAUCUUCUUGGCUGAAGCAGCGUGGAGCCUGGAUAAAGAAAGCCGUUUUGUGAACUCCACCCUGUCUUCUCCUAAAGUUUAUGUGCGAAGAAAUGCAUCGUUCAGUCUUGGGAGCAAUGGUAACCUUACAUGCAGCAGUAAGCCAUGGAAUGAGACAUUUUAUGUUAUCUGGAAUCUAGACUUGAAACUCCAAAAAUGUAAAAUUGCCUUAAAUGAUGACGGUCGAAGCGAAAACUCCUGCAAUGGUGGCAAGUCUCUUCGAAACACAUCCAGCGCUCAGUCAUACCUGCACAUCCAAAACUUCUCACCUAACGAUGUAGGGCUCUACACAUGUGAGUCGGCUUUCAAAGGAGGAAAUGAAAAUUAUGAGAUCCAUGUAGCUAUCAUAGAACGGUCAGUUCCUCCUCAAACAUCCUUCUGGUUAGAGCAUAAAGACAACAAGACGGUGGCAGUGUGCAAAGCUGAAAGAGGAAAUCCUGCUGCCAACAUCAGCUGGAGUCACACAGGAAACUUAUUUCCUGUGGAGAAGCGGGAUGACUCCGAUGGAUUUACAUUAGAAAGUCAUCUCGAGCUCCCUGAAGGCAUGGACACACAACACCUGAGCUGUAUUAUCAGUCACCCAUUAUGGGAAAAGGCAGAGAUUCUGAAACUGAACUCCAAAAAAGCUUAUAUUCCAUGGGUGGGCAUACUCAUUGUCGUGGUAGUCACUCUAUUUUUGGUGGGAUUAGUAUUUUUUGCACAGAAGAAACUACUGUUAAGGCCAUGCAGACAAUCGCACAGAUCACCAUCAAAAACUCCACGGUUAGAGGAUGUGGAGGAGGUGGAGCCCUAUGCUAGCUACAUCCAACGUGUGAACUCUAUCUACAACUGAUUUGCAGGUUGAUUCGCGUAAUAGUCCUGCAUAUGCAUCGAAUGCCUAAAUGCACUUGGGUCUUGGUGAGAAAGCUGAAGGCUGUGAAACCGAGAACUGAAGAAAUAGUAAAGAAUGAGAAGCGCGAGAUCAAAAACUUUCGAUAGGAGAGGGAAGCCUCUCGAUAUGAAUCUGUCCUAAAAAACCUUUGACUGAUGGAACAGGGGAUGUACCUGAAGCCAUGCACAUGCAGCCCACUGCUCCAUCUGUGGGCGUCAUGGAGAACAUUAAUAAUUAUUACUACAAAUGCAAGCUGCUGAAAUGGAAAGGAUCGCAUAUUGAGCGGGAUGCAGCAUGCACUGAACUACAGACUUUUGAUGUUGCUGAUGAAAUACAGUGGCUGUAAAUAUGUAUGGUUGCACUUAUUUAUAGAUGUGCUGUAAAGAGAUACUCAUCUUUCAGGAAGGUACAAACACCAAAUGGAGAACAGAUAAUGUGGAAAAGAAUUGGUGAUAUAUUGAAAAUGUUUUAACUUGUAAUUAUGCUAUUUUGUGUAUUAAAAUCCAUUCAAACA